GUGACUCCGCGCGAUAGAUGCGAUCGCCUGCCACUGCAGUUCGCUGCCGCUCUCAACAGACGCAGCAGUAUGAGUAAUAAUAUGAAAUAGACGUAAUACGCACAGAUUUUGCUAUACGAAAGCUUAACGGAUCACACUUAUGUGUGACUAAAAAUCGACGCAAUUUUAAUAGUCCAGAUGCUAUUACAAUGAAACUUAAGACAGGAGUCCGUGCAAGAUGCUUAAAUACUACUAUUAUUAAGAAGUGUAAAUCCCAAUUUAUAAAUCGAUAUAUGAACUGACUUAAGGACCUUCGUUGCCUUGUGUAACUUUGCUAACGUAACGUGCGUAAAUACGAAUGUAACAUUCUGCGAAAGUGACGAAAGUGAUUGACCAAUACCGAUUACACGAUUUUAUCAUUAAAGUUUUGUGCGCGUGGGCACAUGCACAAAAAACUAGGGACUCGAAUCAAACAGUUUGUGUCUUUUCGUGUUCCUUGCAACUGAGGGAAGAUUACGGUCGUUCUACGAAGGACAAGAGGAACAAUCAUUGGACUUCUGUAGCUCUUAAGGCAGUGGACGAUCAUACAAAGAGCAGGAGUUAACUUUUUCUGACGGGACCAUCUUACUUUGCCGGUUAUGACGUAGCAUGGGAGCAAGCAUCUGCGCAACGAUCUUGACCUUUCACAGAGCAAUAGUUUUCGUCUGAGGCGAAGUUCGUCUUAAUUCAAGGUAUGGGAUAUUGGUGUCAGGUCUUUGUGGCUGUCGUGUUGGCUCUAUUAGGAACCGCGCCGUGGGUUUCAGGGCAUGGCCGCCUCCUCCACCCACCCUCGCGUUCUUCGAUGUGGAGACUUGGCUUUAAGACCCCACGAAACUAUAACGAUCACGAGCUGUUUUGUGGAGGCUUUACCCGCCAGCGAAAUAAUGGAAUGCGUUGCGGAAUUUGUGGGGAUCCGUUCGAUUCACCAACCCCCAGACCUAAUGAAAUGGGAGGAAAAUACUACACAGGAAUCAUUUCUGACAAGUACCAAGCUGGUCAAGUGAGAACCAUCACCGUUGAGUUGACAGCCAACCAUCGAGGAUAUUUCGAGUUUAAACUAUGUCCGGUCAACGGGAACCCUGCGAAGGAGACGGAGGAAUGUCUGAAAAAUCAUCCCAUAGAGGUGGUUGGAGAAGGCCGUCGUCAAAACGAAAGCCCGUACCGGUAUUACGUGGAAAAUUCCAAUAGAGGAGAAUUCGACGUUCGGCUGCGCUUCCCUAAAAAUAUCACCUGCUCGCAAUGCGUAUUCCAGUGGACCUACACAGCAGGUAACAACUGGGGAAUGUGCGCUAAUGGUACUUAUACUGUAGGCUGUGGCCUGCAGGAGACCUUUCGAGGCUGUGCCGAUAUCAAGAUUGAACCUGACGGUGAUGAGUUUUCUCACAUUCCUACUACUGUACCUGCGUCAAGCCCCAUAAGCACACCUGUACCAUUUCCGAUUCCUCCGCAACCGACAGUUCGGCCUAUUCAGCCAUUCCGUCCUCACUUCCAAUCUCCUGAUCGUACGCGAAAUUACUUCCCACAUCGUUCUAACCCUGUGUCUCGCUCAACAUAUCGACCCCUAUACACUCCACCUACCCUAUCCUGGGAACACUGGAAUAGUGGCAAUGCCUGGCCCAGCACCGUUAAUCCUGGCUAUCCCCAUGGCAAGCCAUCAACAACCACUUGGUUUUAUCACCAGUGGCCUGCGACACCUAGUAUUACGGCAAGGUCUCAACGUUUUCCCGUGAACGGAAAUUGGCCUUUUACCCCUGACCUGAAAACCUCGCCGCGUCCUUCGUUUGAGACCCAUAAUUGGGCGACAAACACAUUUUUAUACGUGCAUCCGAGCCGAAAACAUGUGCGUAAUCCUAGCAGACAAUCGACGAGUCCCCGACCGUAUUUGGUUCCUCUCAGUCCGCGCCUACCUGAACAAGAAGAGUGGCCAUCUACUCCAGAUCUUAAAACUUCUCCAAGACCGUUCCCUAAGCGCAGACCCCCACACCGCAAAUGGAAUCCAGAGAUGGACGAUUUUCUUAAUGAUGUUUCAGAUACUUUGUCGCCUAGCGAGCCAACGACCAAAAUAUCCCCGCAUGACGAGAUACACACAGAACUUUCACAUGACGAAAAAAUACCACAGCCAUCACGUCCAAAAUGGAAAAAGCCCUUGUCAUCGUCUCCGAAAUGGAAAAAGCCCUCGUCAUCACCUCCGCAGUGGAAAAAGCCCUCGUCAUCGCCUCCGCAACGGGAAAUAUCCUCGUCAUCGCCUCCGCAGCGGGAAAAGUCCUUCUCAUCACCUCCACAGUGGGAAAAGCCCUCGUCAUCGCCUCCGCAACGGGAAAAGUCCUCGUCAUCGCCUCCGCAGCGGGAAAAGUCCUCCUCAUCACCUCCACAGUGGGAAAAGCCCUCGUCAUCGCCGGACUUAGACACGCCGCUGCUGGUACCACCGUCCACUCGGAAGCAGCCAACGCUGCCCCCAGUUGUCUCUGUGGAUGUUGUGCAGAACGCUAUGUUUACAACACCUGUAGUCACUCAAGGGCUUGUCACACCAAGACGACCCGGGCAGGUACAGUGUCGCGGAGCAGGAACUUUUGCGUCUACACCUGGUAUGGACGAGUGGUGCAUAAGCAAUUGUAAUCACGUACCGCUCUAUUGUCCUUCGUCGCAUUGCGAUUGUGAUUAGAUUACGAGACGGUUUUGUCUAACAGGACUAUCACUUCUACGGCAUCUCGAUUCUGUCCUUGCAUUCAAUGCUAACACAGACAGAGACGAUAACAGGUUACCAGAGAAAACGGUCAAAAUUAUUAUACGGAGGUAAAAAGAAGAAAAAUGUGUAAAAAAGGCACGAUAGGGUGUGGUAAAUUCGCGCAUAGUGAAGAAUGAAAACGAACCAAUUCUGGGUGGCGUAGGCUGAAUGACUGAUGAUGGCUAUGGAUGUUUAAAGUAUUACUUUUAAGGGUCAUCUGUGUAAUUAUAAUAGCAAUAGGUUAUUCCACAACGACAGUGAGGAACUGUCUAGCAGAACUCAUCGCAACAAGUUACGGUAAUAACAAUGUGGUUUGGAGCCGAGAUGAAGCUUACUGUGAAUGCUCUUCGUUUAUGACAGAUGCGCAGUCAGAGGCCACUCCCAUAGUCAUUCAUUGUGUACAUAUAAAACCGUCAUAAUCGUACCAAUAUAUAGAAAAUAGCUAUACGGAUCAACGUUCUCUGUUGUUGCAAUUCGUUGCGUCCGGCAUAAACUGAAUAUUCUGACUGGCUGUAACAUCCUAAAUAAGAUAGAUGCAUAAAACUGUGCGGUGCGUGUGGAAUUAAUAUAUAAUAAUAAUAAGUUUAAAUAUAAGCGUAUUUAUUUUUGUGUAACGUCCCAGGGCGAUGUGUUUGAGAGGAAAGAUGAAUCCAAAACUGAAAAAUAAACCUAUUUAUUGAGUCACGUUUUUUGUCGG